CCAUGACUGAACACAAAGAAGAACAAGGAAGAGGCUACGUGAGGGCUAACCAUGGCUGACAGUCCGGCAAAGCCCCUUCAGAAUGCCAUGAAAAUGGCCAAAGCAGCAAUACAGCUGGACGGAGGGAACAAACACAAGGAAGCUUACUGUGAAUACCUCCGGACGAUCAACUACAUAUCACAUGCACUUUUGGAGGAAACUGGUUCCCAAACUUCAGAGGUGGAGCGGAUGUUGAGGCUGGCUGAGCAGUGUCUGGAGAGAGCCAAGUCAUUUAUAGGGAAGAGCACUGAACCCCCUGACCUCUCUGCCUCUGUCACUGCUUCCUGUUCACCUGAACAGUCAGAACCCCAUCAGACUGCUGUCCUCCCAGCUGCCAAUGCAGAAAACACUGGGCGUAAAGCAACCAGCCCAACAAAGACCGGUCACCGCAGGGUGUUGUCAGACGGUGGUGGUGAGCUCUCCCCUUUUCUGCCUCCUGAAAUCUUCCAGAGACUACAAACAGUGGUUACACAGGACAUGAGCAAAAAAGAGCUGACACCCAUUGAAGAAGCAUCCCGUUUGAACCAGAAGUUGAAAGCCAAUUAUGAAGCUCGUCUGGCCAGGCUGACACCUGGUCAGGCCUACCAGAAGACAUCUUUGACGCUCUCUCUCCAGCGGCAGAUGAUGGAGAACCUCAUUAUAGCCAAGGCCAGACAAGAUGCUCUCCAGCGGAAGAUGGAGGAGAGAAGGCUAAGGCUACAGGAAGAGGCCAACAGAAGAUUUGCAGCAUCUGGCGAAAUGACUGCAGAGGAGCAAGAGCAGCGUAUUCUCUACACCAAUGUCCUGGAAUAUGAGCAAGACCAUGGUUGGCCCAAACAGUGGAAAGCCAACAUAAGGAAGAAUCCUGAUGAUGCCACAUUAGUUUCAGGUCUAGUCUCCUACCUGCUCAGUCGGUCUGACCACCCGGUGGUGAAGAUGCUGAGAAAACACCAGUACCGGAUUUACAACAGGCUCUACCCCAUUGUCAGUAAAGGCCUCCCCCGGAGUCCCUCCCUGCCGCUGAGGCCUUCUCGCAGCACUCACAACCUGCUUCAUCCAGAGACCCAGAGGAAACCAACCAGGACUGUGAGUAGUAGCAUUGGCGGCAACAGCUACAGCACCGGCUCUUCCCCCUCACUCUCUCGCGAACUCCACACCAACUGCGACGAUGAGGAUGGGGAGGAGCCUAACGCACUGACGGUGGAUCGGGAGAACUCGUUUGAAGAUCUGGAGCAGUUCCUGACCCAGCUGGACUGGGCCCCGCCUCACGGCAGCACAGAUGACACCUGCUCAGAUUUAGAGCUGACCUUUGAUUCCUCGAUGCAGCUGGAGCAGGACGAGGGACACCAGGAGCUGGAGAUGAGAGCGCUGAGAGAGCACCUGAAGGCCAUUGUCAAAGACAUUCACAUUGCUAUCGAUCAACUUCUGUCACUGUGUUUGCUAUCGUUUGAGUGUUUAAACACAGCCAGCUCAAAAGACCUGUGCCUCGCCUGCAUAGAGGAAGCCUUCUUCACGCCCCUGUGGAGUGCCCUGGUGGCUCUUUUCAGAAAAGUCCACAGGGAAAGGGAGCAGGCCUUUGAGACAAGUAUGACGCUGUACCGGGAUGCUUCACCUGGAGAUGUUGGUGUUCCCUUGAAACUGUUCCCCCAAGACCCUGGCGCAUUGCAAGGUUCCUUCCCCUAUGAAUCUGCUGUUCAGGAGCUUAAGCUUCUCAUUACAGACUGCUGUCCACAGAGGAAGUUGGAAUGUAUUGUUAGGACAUUACGGCUGAUCUGUGUCUGCGCUGAGGAUUACAGGUGUCUUCAUGAGACGGACUCUACACCCAAAACAGCCGCCAUCGGUGCAGAUGACCUGUUGCCGAUCCUCUCUUUUGUGGCUUUGCGGUGCCAGUGUCCCCAGCUGGUGUCUGAAUGCGCUGCUUUGGAGGAAUUCAUUCAUGAAGGCUAUUUGAUAGGAGAGGAAGGCUACUGUCUGACCUCCAUGCAGAGUGCAUUGGCCUAUGUUGAGUCGUUGCACACAGGAGGAGCUCACCUUUCUGCAGGCUCCUGCAGUCACAAGACCUUCAUCCCACCUUCCCUGCAGCGCUACAGUCAACAGCUGAACCUGCCGCUCCCUGCUAGUUGUGCAGACGUAUGCUAUCUUGUACACAUGCAGACAUAUUGUACAUUUAACAGAAGGACUUCUUUUUGCUCGGUUUUCAACAGAGGACUAAACCAGUGCCUAUGACUUUAUUCUAACUAGUCAGACCCUGAUCGGGGUCAAACUUGGCUCUGCUGGGACCUCCUAAGGAUGUUCAAGCUGUAAAACAUUGCUGCAUUAACUAGCACUAGAUUGUUAAAAGGACUGUGGUUGAGGUUUGAGUUGUCUUGGGGAACCUCUGGAUGUGAUGCCACAGAUUAAAUGAAUGCUUACAGAGGGAAAACCUGCAAUAGGGUUUACUAAUGAGGAAAUGUAUGUCCCAAUCUGAAGAUGUUUUUUCCCUUGCAUUGCACUUUUUAAUCCAUGUAUCCUGUGGCAUUUUGUCUUACAAAAAAACAUCAGCCUGUGCAUGUUUUUGUGUUCAUAUGUUAAGUGGUGGUAAAAAUCCAUCUACAGAAUAUGAAUGAAAAAUAUUAAUUUAUGCUCUAUGGGUGUUAAAGCAUUCGGGGGUGGAGCUACACUGGAUGAUGGCUCGAGUCCAGAUACUAGAUCUAUUUUGAAAGAGACUUUCCUACGUGACUGAGACGGCGAUUGUCAGAGAUGCCAUGUAACAGGAACAAUGUGAGACACUGGAAGAGCAUAAGACUUACUGCUGUAGACUGAAAAGUCCAGUUUGGAGCAUCUUCUGACAAUCACUGUGUACAGGAAUAUGGUUAGGUAGUACUUACUGUACAUAGUAAUACUGUUGCACUUUGUUAGUUGGUCCACGUUUUGUGUAUUUGUGAGUUGCUUGACAAUUUGUAAGCAAAGUCACAGAGAUGUGGCCUAUCUUUUUACCUUAAAUUCAGUUUUAAUGCCAAGGUUCAAAGUCAACAAACUCUCCAAGGGAACGCUAAAAGCAUUAUAACGGUUUAUUUUAUUCUUCAUCAAUUUCCCAAUGCUUCCAUUGACAGUUGCCCCAAAUUCACAACCAUAGGAUUAGAGGAAAAUGCCAACCUAUUCAUUUGGAAAUGGAUACACUGUUAGAUCUUGAGGAGCUGCAAAAAUAUGAGAUGAAUGGUGGUAAAGUGAUUGUCAUGUUGACUUGAAGGAUAUUUGACAUUUUUAAAAAUGCUUUUCUAUGUAGUCCUUCAAGCUGUUUGGUUUUAAAUACAUUCAGGCAUUAGAGUGCAGACACCUGAAAGGGUCUGGGGGUCACAUUCAAAUAUCAAUGGUAUGCCUCAGUAGGUGAUUGGCAAUGAUUUCAAUUAUGCUUCAUGUAUUUAUAAAUGGGCUGAAUAUGCAAAAGUAUUGUUGUAGUAUUGUUUGAAGACUCACUUAAAGCAGACCUGACUCCAUUGUCACUUAUAGACUGAAAACAUUUUAUUGUGUUUGCUUGCUUGAAUUUACUAUUUAAUUUUUUAUUUUUUGUAUGGGUCCAAAAGAUGUGAAAAGAUGUUUGCGUUUGUUACUACUACAUUGAAAGUGACAUUAACACCAAAACCACAUUUGUCUAUGUAAUAAAUGUUUGUAAUGGCAGGAUGCUGUGAUAUUUGCAGAGUGGAUUAAGCCACUACAUACAUGUAAAUGAGUUAUUGUACAUUUUGCCUCGCUUUUGAAAACUGAAUGUGAAUGUGUUAUUUUGUUAUUAAACUGUUUUACUGUGAGAGGUUGAGAAUGUGAAGAUGAAUGCGUGUUUGAGAGAUGGGUCAAUAAAGAGAAGAGAGAAAUGUUUAAAUCA